ACGCAUGCGCAGUGUUUUAUGUUGCGACGGGACAUUUUGACAGCUGCCUUUAUCUGGAGAAAACUGAUUUUUAAAUACGGUUUGAGAAAACCAGAGAUAUAUGAGCAGAGAUGGACUACAAAACGGGGAUAAAAAACAACAACAGCAAAUUAGCACGAUCAACAAGAAAUUCGUUUUUUGCCACGUGAUCGAAGCUGACCAAUCGGAGCGAGCCAAGUCCUACGGAAAUGUACGUUCAUUGUUCGGAUGUUUUGACAACUUUAUCUUCAAAUUCAAAGCCAAAUACUUUGUACACUUAAAAGAAUAUGGAUGUAGAGGCGCUGUUUCGCCGAAAAGAACGAGCCGUGGAUGCGUUUAAUGGCGGUUUUGAUGAAUCGCCACGUGUUCAAGUCUGAUAAGGAUGAGUUUCGUCACAUGACUCCCCUCCCCCACCCGGCGUGGUGACUGGGGGGAAGAAGGCGGACAUGUUUGAGGGGAAAUGUGUUGGUUAAAAAGUAUCCAAGUGGAAGACAAAGAAGAUUUUUGGAAGAAAGGUUUCGCUCUUUUUUGGGAUUUACCAGUCGACACUUUUUUUUUUCUUUUAAACUAUUUUUUUUUAAGUAGACAAUGUUUUUGUUUUGGCUUUUUUAACUUUACUUUCAGGACCAACGCAGCUGUUUGUUUUUAAUACUAGUUAAGCAUUAUAAGUAGUGAUUUUUGAAAAGAAAGUGUGGAUUGAAAAGGAAGUUUUCAGUUUAUUUGAGUGACAUUCAGGGUUGUCUGUAACCUUGGUGUGGGGGAUGGGCACCACUGGUUAGGUAACCAUAGUGUUUGCUUAAGUCUUAAAAAUAGCUUUAAAAAGGAUAAGCAUGUCUUCACUGUUACUUUGCAAUAGUCAUGUAUUUUAUUCAUGCUUUUAUAGUGUGAUUUAAAAGCCCUAAAACUCAAGAAUGUUGGUUUUAAGGUUUAGAUCCAAAUUGUCUGCUGUUACUUGUUAGUUUAAUUACACUUGGUUUGUUAAUGUUUAAUUUUUGUAAACGUAAGUGAGGAAAAAUUAUGUUGAUGUGGCCCUACAGCGUUUUGAGUUCUGUCAUCUUUCUACAGUGAGUCUAAAAGCUGUUUAGCUAAAACUUCAUUUAGACUAGAGUACGUAUUUUUCCACAACACCUCUUUUAGUAAGUUUGUAGGCCGCGCACAGGCCUGUUUUAUGGUAGUAUUUAAAAUGUGGCUUUACGUGGCUGCACUCGGAUGGAUUUUUUUUUUAUUAAUCGCGUUUUAAACCAACAGACAUUUUCUGAUGCGUUUUUUAUCGUUCGCGUGUAUGUUUAGUGGACUAUUUGAUAUUGGUACUCAAUGUUCUAGUGCUCAAAGAUGGCGACGGAGAGAACGUUCUAGAAGAAAGAGAUGAGUUCAUGUGGGUGAGGCUCAUUUCAUGGUGCGCUCGUGACCGAUCCGGAAGACCAAUGGGGCUCUUGGUAUUCAGGCUGGAAGCCCGCGUUACGGUCGUCUUGACCAAUCCUCGUCUUUGCAGCGCACACGUUGACGUAAUAUAAUAUGAUAAAGAACAGGGAGGUUCGGUUUCCAUGGUCGGGAGCCAGUUACAGGCCGCGAAUCAAUAACGCUGGGUUGGCUGGACCAAUCGUCUCGUGCGUUGUUCUUAACAGACAGGUAAAGAUGCGAAUGGGUUGGGCGAAAAGCUUGUUUGCUGAGCUUCAAGAUUUAGUGGGUGUGGCAACUUUGAUAGACCUCUUGACCAGCGAAUGAGAAGUUAAGGGGUGGAGAAAUACGGUGACGAUUCAUCCAAUGAGGUGGUUGGUUGGUUUAUAAAAGACCGGGUGUAGCAACUUAGUCGCCAUUUCAACGAGGUAGAUCGCAAGGAUUACGUCGUGGCGGGUAGCGGAGAAAACUGACGACCAGCGGCGGAUCCUGGUUUUUAGUAAUUCUCAAAAUCAAUCCGGAUCCAUCCUGAUGGAUAUGGCUGUUAAUCCGCCCCUUGACAGCUCCUAUGGGGUUGAUGUUGGCUUUACUGGAUUCACAAUGGACCAGAACUCUGGCACAGCUGGAAAACGCAUCAGAAAACCCUCGCUGCUUUAUGAGGGCUUUGAGAGUCCAGGGAUGCCCCCUAUUAGUCAUCUAAUUCCUUCAGGACCUCCACUGCCCCCAGUAAAGGAUCCCAGUCGACAGGGGAGGAUGACGAAUCAACUUCAGUUCCUACAGAAAGUUGUACUGAAGUCUCUGUGGAGGCACCACUUCGCCUGGCCUUUCCAUGAACCUGUGGAUGCUCUCAAGCUCAACCUACCUGACUACCAUAAGAUCAUAAAGAACCCCAUGGACAUGGGUAGCAUUAAGAAGAGAUUAGAAAAUAACUAUUACCGCAGUGCCAGUGAGUGCAUGCAGGACUUCAACACCAUGUUUACAAACUGCUACAUUUACAACAAGCCAACAGAUGAUAUUGUUCUGAUGGCUCAGUCUCUGGAGAAAGCGUUCCUGCAGAAAGUAGCUCAGAUGCCUCAGGAUGAGUUGGAACUUCCGCCUCCACCACCACGCAGCAAAUCGUCAAAAUCUAGCAAAAAAAGCAGAAUUAGUGCAGUUUUAGGAGGAAUAACAACAGCCCAUCAGGUUCCUGCUGUCUCCCAGUCGGCGUACUCUCCCCCCACCCCAGAAACGCCUGACUCCGAUCUCUUCACCCCCCCUCAGAUUAUUUUAGCCAAGAGCAUGACCCCUGCGUUUCCUACUGAACAAAGCAUCCCUGCCAUUACGGGCAUGCCCCACACUCAGCCGACUGCGAAGAAAAAAGGUGUCAAGAGGAAAGCAGACACCACCACUCCAACCACUGUAGCCAUGCCCAUCAUGAGCACCAUGGGUGUCAGUGGAAUGGGCAUGGGAGGUGGGCACAACUCCCCCCUGACCCUCACCUCUCUGGGCAUGGACCACACCUCUCUGGGAAUGAACCAGAGUCUCGGUCAGGGACUGGGGAUGGAUAUUGGUUGUGGAACAAUGAUGAUCGGUACCAAAUCAUCAGCGGGGAGCAGGAGAGGCGUGAGUGGACGGCCCAUCAAACCUCCAAAGAAAGACUUGCCAGAUUCUAUUCUGCCCACACCAGUCCGUCGUGGCAAACUGGGUCCACAGCUGCGCUACUGCAGCGGCGUUCUGAAGGAGCUGCUGUCCAAGAAACACGCUGCGUACGCCUGGCCUUUCUACAAACCUGUCGAUGCCACGUCUCUCGGCCUUCAUGAUUAUCACGACAUCAUUAAACAGCCCAUGGACCUCAGCACCAUCAAGAGAAAGAUCGACAGCAGAGAGUACCGUGAUGCUCAGCAGUUCUCAGCUGAUGUCCGACUGAUGUUCUCCAACUGCUACAAGUACAAUCCUCCUGACCAUGAUGUCGUCGCCAUGGCCAGAAAACUUCAGGACGUGUUUGAGUUCUGCUUUGCUAAGAUGCCAGAUGAGCCUCCAGCCCCACCCAGCUCCUCAUCCUCCUCUUCCUCCUCCUCCUCAUCGUCCUCUGAGAGUGAGCUCAGCAGCGAAAGUGAGGAAAGUGAAAGCAGUCAAAGUUCUGACUCUGAGGAGGAGAGGGCUAACCGACUGGCUGAGCUGCAGGAGCAGGUUUGUUCUUCAGUGUUCAAGCACAUCGGAUCGGGGGCUGUAAUGAUUGUCCCUGUGAUCGAAGGUUUUGUUGCUUAUCUUAAAUAUAUUUUUGUUUUUCUGUUCUUUCAGCUUAAAGCUGUGCACGAACAGCUCACUGCUCUAUCUCAAGGUCCCAUAGCCAAACCCAAGAAAAAAAAAGAGAAGAAAGACAAGAAAAGGAAGAAAAAGGUUGAGAAGCAUCGGAGGAUAGAGGAAGAAGUCAUGUCUGGGAGACCCCCCAAAGCCCCCAAAAUGUCCAAGAGUUCAAAGUCAAAGGGCAACAAAGGAAUAGUUGGUACUCUGGUGCCAAUGAAGAAGACCCAGAGCAAGAAAAACAACAAGACCAAAUCCAAAAAGAACAGCAUGAUGUUCAACAUACCUCAGCCGAUGCACGAUCCUUUAGUGAGUCAUUUUGACUCUGACGAAGAGGAGGACACGGCUCCCAUGUCGUACGACGAGAAGCGUCAGCUCAGCCUGGACAUCAACAAGUUACCUGGAGAGAAGCUGGGUCGAGUCGUUUACAUCAUUCAGUCCCGAGAACCGUCGCUGCGUGACACCAACCCCGAGGAGAUCGAAAUCGACUUUGAGACGCUGAAACCGUCGACGCUGAGGGAGCUGGAGAGAUACGUCAUGACGUGUCUGAGGAAGAAACCUCGGAAGCCAUACGCAAGUAAAGGCAACAUUGCUGGCAAGACACGAGAAGAGCUCGCUCUGGAAAAACAGCUGGAGCUGGAGAGGCGUCUGAUGGACGUCAGCGGUCAGCUGAACUCUGGGAAGAAGCCUUCAAAGACCAAGCCUGAUAAACCUGCGUCGGAGGCCCACACCCAGCCGUCUCGUCUCAGCGCUACCAGCUCCUCCUCAGACUCUUCGUCAUCAUCCUCUUCGUCUUCAUCCUCAGACACAAGCGAAUCGGACUCGGGCUGAAUCGGAGUUGCUCAGACUGUUUCUGUACAAGUGGGUCACAUGAAGGACCCGGCAUGUUCCUCCAGAGUGGGGGGUCAGAAGAGACCAGCAGAACUGGUCCAGAGAGACGGGGCUCUCCUGCGCUCAGCUUGUUCCUGCAGUCCUGGGUGUGAGAGUAGAUGAUCGUAACGUUCCGCGGUUCUCAGGCGGCGCCAGGAGAACCUUUGUCUCCUGCCAAGAAAGAUUGUUGCGUUAGUUGAAGGGUUAAGGGUGCUAGAGCCAGAGUCUGCAACUUCUGGAUGUUUUCCCUUCCUACCAUGCUUCCUGUCUUUAUGCUGUAUAGACAAGGUGUACAGUUGUAAAAAUAUAUUUUUCUUUUAUAAAGAAGCCUUUUAUUAAGCUAAUUUAUUCCCUCAUUCUGGGAAAUGAUGUGGACAGAUUUGUGUGUUCAGGUUUUUUUUUUUUUUUGAGUGAAGAGGGAAGUUAAGUUGUGUGUGUGUGUGUGUUGUAUGAAUGUGUCAUGUCUGCAUGUGUGUGAGAUUUGGCACCACAAGUGCAUCCUUGUGAAAGUCUUCAUAGUUUUGACGCAGACGCUGCAAAUGGCUCUGCACGCAGAAGCACCUUGUUCCGUAGAAAACGACGCAUGCAAUACAGGAGCUGACGAGUUGACGUGACGUCACUGCAUCUUUUUGUCCUGUUGGUCGCCCGCUGUACAAAAAUGUCAUAGUGGCAGUUUCUACGUUAAUAUUUCUGUUCUCAUGUUUGCUGUGUUUUGUUUUUUCCAUUCAUUACAAGUUUCCUGUAAACACGUCUCUUUUAUUCUUUGUGACCAAUCUGCAAAUAAAUUGUGAGGACGUGUCUUGUCCACUCACCUGUGUCCAAAUAAGAUCCUGGUUCUGAUUUAUUUAAUCCCAAACAGUUUUAUAAUCGGGAGUUUUCUAGUGGUAGAAAAAAAACCACUUGAUAUUUUUCAAUAGAAGUCACGAACUGGUAAAUUGUUUUUUUUGCCGAAAUCUACGAGGCUUGCAGCAAGUAAUAGAUUGUGUUUAACAAUGUGCGGAAACUUAGAUUUUAUUCUAGAAUAUCUGUUGUGUGCACAAGUUAAGUGAUUUAAUAUUGAAUUUACCAUCAGGGUUGUAAAAGUACAUGUUUUACAGUUUCAAACAGGAGAGUGAUUUAACAUUAGACUAUC